GGCUUCCCUACAGUCUUAUUCAAACCUUAGCAAUGGCCGGAUUCAUAGUUGCCAUGGAGCACCUGGCUAGUCUUCAGGCCGGUCACCUUCUUAACCCAGAGGUCAUCUCACAAACAGCAAAUAACAGAUAUCUUGGAUCUGACAGUCUAUCCCAAGGGGGAUCUAGCGGCAGGUCAACACCCUCUAGUGACAGCGCGCCGGGAAAAUUAUUUGUUGGCGGAUUAUCUUGGCAAACUAAUCAGGAGAAACUGAAAGAUUAUUUUAGUCAGUUUGGUCCAGUUACAGAUGUUCUUGUCAUGAAGGAUCCUAUAACCCAGGAUGAUGCAAGGAGUUGUUCAGAUCAAAAGAAGAUAUUUGUCGGAGGCGUGUCUCAGGAAACCAGUUCCGAGGAGGUUAAAGCGUAUUUUAACCAGUUCGGAAAGGUGGACGAGGCGGUUAUGUUGAUGGACCAGCAGACCAAGAGACAUAGAGGAUUCGGCUUCGUUACCUUCGAGAGCGAGGAGGUCGUCGAUAGAGUGUGUGAGAUACACUUUCAUACAAUUAAGAACAAGAAGGUAAGAUGUAAGAAAGCCCAGCCCAAGGAAGUAGUACAGGCCGCUAAUACAGCUGCUCUGCUAGGAAAGCGGGUCAUCUUAUCUAACCUGGGUGUUAUGCCCGCCCUCUCCCUUCUCCCACAAGGUUUACCUGCCCUCACCUCUCAGGCACCUCCUCAGGUUCAACCUCAUGCUCUUCAGCAUCUUCCUCAGCAUCUAGCGCAUUCAGUAGGUGCAUAUGGUAAACUAAUGGGCGCAGGAGCUCCUCUUUCUAGCUAUAGGUACAGCCCUUACCAUAUGCCUACCUUCUCUAGUGCUGGUAUACCUUGCGGGCUGGCGGGCAGCAUUCAAUAUACUGCGGCUAGCCCUGUAUCCCAGACCACACCUGCUGUUCUUUCAGCGAUCACAUCUCCAGCGGUCAACCCGUCAGUGGAUGCCCAGGACCAAGCUGCAGCUGCUGCAGGUCAAGCGGCUCUUCAGCAGCAUCAAGCAGCAGCUUUCUCAGCGCUUUCCUAUCCACAAGCUUAUCCUCUUGGUCUACCAGCUAUAGACUGGGCUAGCAUGUACUCCCUACCAGCGGGCAUGUACACGCUCUAGAUUGGUUGUAGUACACUUACAUGUGUACAUAAAAUGAUAUUAUAAGUAACUAACUUAGGGAAAUACCGCCUCUACAAGAGUGCAAUAUAAACUACUGCAGCUGUUCCUUUACUUACAGAAAUACAUACAUUGUACAAUUCAGCUAUUAGGUGUACAGUGUACACUCAGUAGUGUGUACUGACUUCUCAAUUGGAAAUGCGUUACAUCUUUUAUCAACUCAAUACUUAUCUUCAUCGCAUGUAAUGUUCAAUACUCUAUAUAGUACAUUUAUACAAUGUAGAAAUGUUCAUUGUUUAUGUUUUAGCAGUUUGCAAAUUUCAAUGUAUUUUGCACCAACUCAUUCCAUGUACAGUGUACACUGUACAAAGUAUACUAUAUGUACAAUCCAGUUACCAUCGUAAAUGAACACACUUUAAGAUUGUAUCCGUACAGUGUACAACAAAUAUGUGUUGUGUACAGUAUACGUUGUGUGGGUACAAUGUACACAAUGUGAAUGUACAGUGUACAUCAUUAUUCAGUAUUGAGUGAACUUGAACUCAGUAUGAUACACACUAGUCAGUUCUACAAGAGUCUUAUUUAUUUGGAGCUUUUUAAUGGUUGUCUGUAGCUUUUAACUGCAGGUACUGCAUCGACCAGCCGGAUAAAUCCGGGAGACUGUAAAAAAUGGCGUAAUAGCCAUUUUAUAGUAGCAUUUAUUGUUUCAUAAGUUUUUGUGCCAUAUUUAAAUUGUUAAAUUUCUCUCUGUGGCAAAAUUUACUUCCACGUUGCCAUUUUGUUCAAGAACAUGUUUAGGGCAAUAUUUGUAUUAAAUUUGACAAAUCCAAGUAAUUGAAACAAAACAAUUUGCCAAAAUGUAUUGCCAAACACUACGGGCCAAACUCCCAUUGAGAUUAGAUGUAAAAUUGCCUGGGCUUAAGCCACAAAGAUGCAUUUUCCUCAUAACAGCAAGCCUGUCUUCCCAACACAUGUUAUCUAUCUAUCUAUGCACUUGGAUAUUCUAAAAAGUUUCUUCCUAAAAGCUAAGAUUGCUUAGUUUUGCCAUUUUAUCCGUUUAAAGGAUUUUUUCCCGUCUUCGUUCGGAGGCAAUCAUUUAAUGGUUCUAAACAAUGUGCUUAUUGACCAACCAUCAACCUUGCCAAUUUUUUUAUUUUGAGGUAGGACACAUGCCAAUUUAAUUUGUGAUUUCCUAAACUUUGUUGAAACAUUGAAACUUGUUGAGUUUGUGGAAAUCCUGAAACUUUCUGCCUGCCAUUUGUUGAAUCUCAAUAAAAGAAAAAGCAGCUAAAACAUAUUAAAUAUGCAAAAUAUAUAUAUAUAUAUAAAUUUUAACAUAGUCAACUUGGGAUUAAACAUAAACCUCUGAGUGGCAGGCAGAGGGUAUUAAUGAUAAGCAAUAAUGAUGUUGAUGUUAUUUUUAUAUGACUUUAAUAACUUGAAGAGAAAAAAAAAGUAAGAAAAUAAAAUGGUUUUCAUGAAUUCUCACUUAGUACUAUACUAGACCUUGUAGUCUAUAGUUAUAGUAUUGUAAUAAUAGCAAACAUAGUAAUAUAUGUAAUUUAACGUAGAUGGUUUUUGAAUAGAAUUUAGAAUUCACAUUGUAUUAUUGGAUAUGAUGAAUAUAGUGAGAUAUUAGAUUUAGACUUAGACAUGUUUAUUUUUUCAACACCAGGGUCCUCGAGUUAUAAUAUGUUUUAGACAUUUGUCUAGAAAUUAUUUAAAGCAAUUUUUUAUAUUUUUUUUUUUCAUAUGAACAUCAAGCAAAUAAUACAUACCAUUUUAAGCUAUACAAACCUCACAAGGAUACUCAAUAAGAAGCCAUAUAUUUAUACUUAUUUAUAAAUUGAAUAAUUACUGGACUUAUAUUGUUGAUAAUUUUGCUAGAUUAAGUUAUGAUGGCGAAUCCACAGGUUUUUUAUCACUCUCUACUCGGAGAUUUUUCUCAAAUUUUAACUGUGAGCUUGUGGAUUCCGCCGUGCUAUAUUUAUCCUGUGUGUGUACAUCUGUACACAAGUUCCAAUGUACACAAUAUACACAGCUUUUCAAUGUUUUCUCUACACUCUGUGUACUGUUCAAGUGUACUAUUGUGUACAGUGUAACCUGUAAAUAAAAAAACUGGUUUUGGAUGUUUCCCGGGCCGGGUCAAAGGCCAGUAGUGAAAUAAAAGUAGUAAAGUCUUGUAUACUGCUUACAUGUACAAUCAUGUACAGCUAUUUGUCUAUCAGAGUUGUGAACUGUUCCAGCUGUGCACAGGACGCCGGCACUGACCGGUCUCCAUCCCAUGUACAGCUGCGCAAGUUGACCGCUCCGCUGCACAGGGUAAUCCUUCAGCAAUAAUUCUUUUAUUUCAUUACUUCUCGUAGUACACCUCGUAGAUUAAUCUGUUAAUAAAAUGUAGAAAUGUA